UGUCCAAUCAUGAGACUCGUGGCUGUGGUUGUUGUGUGCGGGCUGAUUGUUGCUCAGGAUGGAGACAGUGUGGGAGCAGCUCUGCCGGGAUUUGACUCUGCACAGAGGACACGUGCAACAGGAUCAGUCCUCUCUGCACUCAGGAGAACUGCAGGAGAGUUUCUGGCGGAGGAUCCCAACCCAUGUUUCUCCCUGAGAGAGAACGAAGACCAGCGGCAGCUCCUGUGCAAUGACCGCAGGAGUAAAUUCAACUUCAACCCGUUUGGCCUCCGCUUUGGAAAACGCUAUAACGGCUACAUUUACAGGAGAGCCGUUCAAAGAGCCAGGACAAAUAAGUUUUUACCCCUGUCUCUCUUAUCACGAGAACUGGAGGUGCAUACCUGA